GUGCUUUUCCCUUUCCCUUCCCUUUUAUAGGGAGUCGAAUAAUCCAUUGUUUUACUCUGGCCACUUUUCUUGAGUAUUUUGGCCUUUGCUUUCCCCAAAUUAAGCGGGAAGCUGAGUUUCUGCUGGUCUCUGAUGCAUCCCAUGGUCAAUCUCUAUCUUACAUGCAUGUGCAGGAUGAUGGCUGGUCUGCGAUCCACUUCUCUUGAUUAACUUCAGAAAAUUUUGCACCCGGAUAUUCUGCCAUUCUCUCGAGCAAAAAAUGGCAGUAGAUGAAAUGGUGGUGAGAGUUGGAUACGUUGUAAAGCCUUCUCGACAAGCUGAUUUCGUUAAGAGAGGUGCCUUCCCUGAGACCCCCACUGAAAAUGGAUUGUCGUUCGUUCCGGUUAUGUUUAAUCGCCCUUUAGAGUUUCAACUACAGGGCGUGGAUGUGAUUCUCCACAAAGCCACCGAUGAGAUCGUGGCCGUAGAACCUAGCGGUUCCACAUGCCCUGCUAUGAGGGUCACUUUUUCAGAGGGGAUGAAUGAAUUGCUAAGUUACUUAGAGGGCCACCCAGAUUAUUGUGUUAUUGACCCGAUAGAUAAGAUAUAUCCAUUACUGGACCGGCAAAUGAUGCAGCAAAUUCUGUUAGAAUUGGAGGACAUCAGUACUGGAACUCCAUGCAAAAUCAGAGCACCUCUAUUUUUGAAGGUCGAUACCUUUGACGAUCCUGAUCUUGGGGAAAAACUUUCUGAUGCAAAAAUGUGCCUUCCAGCGAUUAUAAAGCCACAAAUUGCUUGUGGGGUUUCUCAUGCUCAUUCUAUGGCUAUAGUAUUUAAAAUGGAAGAUUUUCCUGGCCUUCCUGUUCCAGUUCCAGCCAUUAUUCAGGAAUAUAUCGAUCACGGAUCCUUUAUAUACAAAUUUUAUGUCUUGGGUGAUGCCAUAUUUCAUGCUGUUAGAAAGUCAACACCAAAUGCUUCUGUGCUGUCACAGUCAUCAGCAAAUUCUGGCUCAAGAGCAAUUGUAUUUGACAGUUUGAAGUCCCUUCCUACAGAAGAAAAGCCAAAUGCAGAUAUUGGUUCAAGCGCAGAGCCCAGCAAACCGAUGCUUGACGUCAAAUUGGUCUCAAGUGCUGCGAUAUGGAUGAAGCAGAGGCUUGGCCUUACCAUUUUUGGAUUUGAUGUUGUGGUUCAGUUGGGAACUGGCGACCAUGUUAUUGUAGAUGUCAAUUAUCUCCCUUCUUUCAAAGAAGUCCCGGAUGAUGUUGCGGUGCCAGCCUUUUGGAAAGCAAUAAGGAGUGCCUACGAUUCAAGGAAAGCAAAAUGAAUAAAAGGUUUACUUUCAGCAUCAACAGACAACUGAAACUUCUUGUGUACCUUUGACAGUAUGUUUCCUUGGAUUGUGGAGGCAGAUUGUUAAUGUGCGCUUGGUCUUUGUUUUGUGAUCAUUAUGAACAAUCUUGGCCCUUUGGAAACGGGUAUUUUGGUGAAUUGAUAUAUUAGCACUUUUGAUGUUCAAUGAAUUAAAGAAUUAUAGAAUUA